CCAAUCUCUCCGACUCUCGCGAGAUUUUCUCGCUGCUCCGUCGCAUUAACAAUUUGUUAAGUAUUGUUAACAAAACCGUACAGUAGCCGGUUCAUUGCAGAUUGCGACUUAAACCGCCGUAUUGGUUUAAUCGAAACAGUGAAUAUUUUACCUAAAACGACGCGUAGUUUACCAAUUUUUUUUUGAGAACGAAAACAAAAUACAAACAACGAGCGGUGAUUGUGUGCAAAGGAAACAAGCCAAAAAUAUUCAGUUGGAGUUCGCAAGAGAGAUUUAAACAACAACAAAAUAGUAAACAAAUAAAAGUUACCGACGAAAGUGUCUUCGCCAAGCGAAAUAACAGUGAAAUUAAUAAUAAAAGGCAUAAUUUAUUGAAUAUAUUCAACCAAUCAAACGCCAGUUAUACGAAUUCGAGAGAGUUGAGAGAAGCGACAAACAAAACCACAACAACAACAACAAAGAUGGCAGCACUAAACAAAUUCACAAAAACACUGUCCAUUGAUGAAAAGGCGGAGAUCAAGGAAAAAUUCACCGAGUUGGACGCCAACAAGGAUGGCUUCAUUGACCUGCACGAGCUUAAGGAUGCCCUCAAUCAGGUUGGCUUCAAGUUGGCCGGUUACCAGGUCCGCGAGAUGAUCGACGAGUUCAAAAGCAAGCAGCGUACCGCCCAUCAGGGUAAGCUGAAUCUGGAGGAGUUUGAAACGCUGUGCCUGGACCUCAAGAGCAAGGAUGUUGCCAGCACAUUCAAGACGGUGGUGUCUAAGAAGGAGAAUCUGGAGACUCUAGGCGGUAUGUCGAGCAUAUCGUCGGAGGGCACCACCCAUUCGGUGCGCCUUGAGGAGCAGCUGGCCUUCUCCGAUUGGAUCAAUUCGAAUCUGGGACACGACAAGGAUCUGCAGCAUCUGCUGCCCAUCGAUAGCGAGGGCAAGCGUCUGUAUUUGAGCAUCAAGGAUGGCAUCCUGCUGUGCAAGAUCAUCAACCACUCCUGCCCGGACACAAUCGAUGAGCGGGCGAUUAACAAGAAGAGUCUGACGGUGUACCGGGAGUUUGAGAAUCUGACUUUGGCCCUGGUCUCCUCGCAGGCAAUUGGUUGCAAUAUCGUUAACAUCGAUGCCCACGAUCUGGCCAAGGGCAAGCCCCAUCUGGUGCUGGGUCUGCUGUGGCAGAUCAUCCGCAUCGGUCUCUUUAGCCACAUCACCCUGGACAGCUGUCCGGGACUGGCGGGUCUGCUGUUCGACAAUGAGCGUCUGGAGGAUCUGAUGAAAAUGUCACCGGAGGCCAUUCUCUUGCGAUGGGUUAACCAUCAUUUGGAGCGUGCCGGCAUCUCGAGGCGUUGCACCAACUUCCAGUCGGACAUUGUCGACUCGGAGAUUUACUCGCAUCUGCUGAAGCAGAUUGCGGGCAAUGAUGCGGACGUAAAUCUGGAUGCUCUGCGCGAGGCGGAUCUUCAGCAGCGAGCGGAGAUUAUGCUGCAGCAGGCUGCUAAGCUCAAUUGCCGUAGCUUCCUUACGCCACAGGAUGUGGUCAAUGGCGUUUACAAACUCAAUUUGGCCUUUGUGGCCAAUCUGUUUAACAAUCAUCCUGGCCUGGACAAGCCCGAGCAGAUUGAGGGAUUGGAGUCUAUUGAGGAGACGCGCGAGGAGAAGACCUACCGCAACUGGAUGAACUCGAUGGGCGUGUCACCGCAUGUAAACUGGCUUUACUCUGACCUGGCCGAUGGCCUGGUCAUCUUCCAGCUCUUUGAUGUGAUUAAGCCGGGCAUUGUGAACUGGAGCAAGGUGCACAAGAGGUUCACGCCGCUGCGCAAGUUCAUGGAGAAGCUGGAGAAUUGCAAUUAUGCUGUGGAUCUGGGCAAGCAGCUGAAAUUUUCGCUGGUCGGAAUCGCUGGUCAGGAUCUGAAUGAUGGCAACGCAACGUUGACUCUGGCUCUCAUCUGGCAGCUGAUGCGCGCCUACACCUUGUCUAUUCUGUCUCGCUUGGCCAACACGGGCAAUCCCAUCAUCGAGAAGGAGAUCGUUCAAUGGGUGAACAAUCGUCUGGCGGAUGCUGGCAAGCAGUCACAGCUACGUAACUUCAACGAUCCGGCCAUUGCGGAUGGCAAGAUAGUGAUCGAUCUGAUUGAUGCCAUCAAGGAGGGCAGCAUUAACUACGAAUUGGUGCGCACCAGCGGCACCCAGGAGGAUAAUCUGGCCAAUGCCAAGUAUGCCAUAUCCAUGGCCCGUAAGAUCGGUGCCCGCGUCUACGCUCUGCCCGAGGACAUCACUGAGGUGAAGCCCAAAAUGGUGAUGACCGUCUUCGCCUGCAUGAUGGCGCUGGAUUAUGUGCCCAACAUGGACAGCGUGGACCAGAAUAAUCACAACUCCGCCGCCGCCAACUCCAACAACAGCAAUUAAGUGUAAUUAAGUCACGUAACAAAAAAAAACUCAAUCAAUUAUAAAUAUUAACGAGAAAGCAAAACAAAAAUUGAAGGAACGAAGGGAAGAGCUGAAAACUAUGUAAACAUUUCAUAAAUUCGCUUAUAUAAGUACUCUUUGGUCGAAAGAUAGUCCUCGUUUCGGGCUACCACCUUUUUUUUUAUAUAAUUCGAUUACCUUUUUGUAAUAUUUUUAUUAUAUAUUAAUAUAUAUAGGAGAGUAUUUGAGUUUUCCCCCUAUUGUAAUUAAGCGAAGCAUUUUAAUUCGAGUUUUCUCGAUUCAUUUUGUUUACCAAUUUUGUAAUUUUACAAAAAAGAAAAAUGCUAUCCAGCGACAGAGUAAAUACACUGAAACCUUAUUUUAUAAAUA